AUGGUCUGGGGCGUCUCAUUUCAGAACACCACCAAUCUAUCUGUCUCAUUGACGCCGAACGGCAAUGUUGGCUCUGCAGAUCGUUUCAUUCAAGUCGAUGGAUAUCAUAGCAUCGUUAUUCAAGAAGUUGGCGACCGCGUCAGGCGUACCUCCACGACUUGGGCUGUUGUAGUAUACGAUGGCUUUCAUAACAUUGAAUUGGGGUACGAAGGAGGACCGACGUUUAAUUUCGUUAUCUCAAGGGAUCCUACACGUGGAAUAGUCUAUUCGGAAAGUGGGAGGAGUGGAAGCUGGCAGCUUCCCAUUUUGCCGAAGAAGACGAUUGCUGACCGCUCGCCCGUGUGGAUAUACACGUUCAUUUCAGGACUUGUUAUCGACGUCACUCCUAAUAGCGUUGGCAAGUCACCCUCGCUCCAACUCAAGAAGCCUCGCUCGGACGCCAACGUCGCAACUCAGCUUUGGGUCUGGACAGAGGGCGGGCAAAUUGUCAAUGCGUCAACGAACAAAUGUCUUUCAACGGAUGGAGCGACCAUAACUCUUGUUGCCUACCAGGCUGGGGCUGCGACAAUUCCAGCAGAACAGGCGUGGACUCGAAUCAGUAGCACUGGACGCAUUCAGAGUUUAAAGUACCCCACUAAAGUUUUGAGGGCCGAUCGUCCUCAACUCACAACCCCACCAGCUGGCUCGAAGGAUGCAUGGGGAUAUGGCUAUAACGUUGGAGCAAGUCUUCUUUUGUCGGCAGAUGUUCCACUUUGGCAACCAACAUUCUACGAUGGACCGGAAAUGCGAGAUUGGUGUUUAAUUCCUCCUGGAUUCGCGCAGCCUAUCUUCUCAAAGGAUGGCCUUAUUCUGGACAGAGUCAGCACUGCGACCUCGCCCGACUUCAAUAACCUCUCUCCCUCUCGGCUCUGGUAUCAUUCUCGAGGUUUGCUCGUUAACGACCUGGAUGGUCAGACGCUUAGUGUCAAUCCUCAAAAUAACAAAUGGUAUCCAAUUGACAAGGAUGUCUACAAUGUUCAGCUUGUCCGCACCCAAUCAGCAUUCAAUCAAUUUGGCGGCACCCGUUGGCAGGUGAACGGCUUGGCCUCAAACUCGAUUCUCAACCUCCAGGUCGACGGACCGCUUUACUUCAGCCCCACUGCACAAGUUACUAACAGUGCGCGUGUCGGGACUCAAGCUACAGAUUGGUCUCUCGGAAACUCGCGCGACUGGCAAUGGUUCCGCGGCCCUGAUCUCCGCAACGCAGCCUUCAUCGACCUCACCGUCGCUCCAAACGGCUUUCUUGUAGGUCUGACCGCCGAUAAACGUCUGUUCUACUCAAGCGGAAACCAAAUCUGGAAAGAAUUGGCGGCUGUUUUCAACACUGCAAACGCCAAAGUUGCGAAUGUUUCCAUUGGGCUUCCUAGCAUGCUCUAUGCCAUGCUCAGUGACGGUACAGUCUAUAAAAUGGCGGAUUAUAAUUCCAAUGCCGUCUGGACUCAACUGCCAAGCAUCACCGGUGGUGCUGCAUAUAUAUCUUGUGGUGUGGACAACAACGUUUGGGCUAUCUCGAUCAGUCGCAAGGUCUACACUCUUGAUGGUUCAACUGCUUCCCCAGCAUGGGUUGACGUUACAUCAACCUCACCAGCCAAUCUGGUUGCAGUUGAGACGGGCACUCGCACGUCCGUCUGGGCGAUUGAUACUACUGGCAAGGCCUGGCGACGUGACUCGUUAAGAAAUCCCCCGACCUGGGUUAAUGGCGGGGCUUCUAAUUUAGCGUCAAUUCAAGUCGGAGUGGAUGGAUCAGUGUUUGCUGUCACCAGUCAACAGGUUGUGGUUCGCUACGAGGGCACUACAACCAAUACUUGGCAAUCUCUGCCUGGCCGCGUCAAGAGUCUUGCUGUAGCUUCGGCUAACCUUGUCAUUGGUGCAUCUUACGUAGAGGGGAUUUACAGGUAUCGCCCGGUGCCAACAACUAACUCCACUUCCACCACACGUCGCUUCAAGACUCUCGCCAAUUCUUCUGAGGUGAAAGCACAAGACGCUGCUGCCUCAUACGGCGCGACCAUCGAUGAAUUCAUUUUCUGCGCAGGCAUGGCGAAUGCGGUGUACGACGCCGAAGCCGCAGUGAGAAGCUACUUGACGAACCUCUCAUUUGUCACCAAGGCCGUCAUCGACGACACAGCUACAAAUACACAGGCAUUCGUUGCUUGGAAUAGCACCUCCAAGAUUCUUGUUGUAUCUUUCCGUGGAACGGAAAUAACAUCAAUCGCGGAUUGGAUAACGGACUUACAGCAAACAGAGUCAUCGAGCUUGGCUAUGUUGGGUGAUGGUCCUGCCAACGGACAAGUACCUGUUGGUUUUGGUACUGCUUAUGCAGCCGUCCGAAGUAACGUGUGGGAAGCUGUGAAGGGCGUAGUGUAUGAAGCCGGGAUUGCGCAGAUCAGCAAAAUCUAUGUCACUGGACAUUCGCUUGGUGGAGCACUGGCGACCUACUGUGCUGCUGACCUCGCCAUUCUUCUCAAAGCGAUGUUCUCGUUUACCAAUCGGAAUGUGCUCAGGAUGAUCAACUUUGGCGCACCUUACUCUGCCAAUGAUGCAUUCUACGACUUCUUCACCAAUGGUUUGGCAAGCAGCCUGACCAGUGUUGCUGUGAUCAACGAGAAGGAUGUGGUCCCUUACAUAUCUGUGCCGCUCUAUGCGUGGAGGAGGCUGGGCACGCCAUAUACUUUGAUCGACCCCAACUAUGCGGUACCGGGCCCUUUGUAUUCCCACUCGAUUUUGACGUACAGCAGUUUACUGUCUUCUCAACAUAAUGCUUUCGCAGCCACGAAGAGCAUAGAGAUCGAGAUUACUACCGGCACUGAUUCCUUUGGCUGGUUUGACAAGGCCGGGACGGACAGAGCAGUUUCUAUCGUCUUCGGCAAGGUCAGCCAGCUGCGGGGUCACAGUAUCUCUUUGCCACUUCCAGGCACUUCCAAGAUGUGGCCAUUGGAAAAGAUUGUCUUCGACUCGUCUCCAGAAGAUGGGACGGUCGGUACCGUUACGUCUUUGCUCACCUUUGAAGACGACAAGACCGACACUUUCUCUCUUGACAAACCCUAUUUACUGGACAAGAACGAGGUCAAUGGUUUUGUCCUUUGCAUCGACACUUCGGUGUCCUUCGCUCAAGGUGCCGCUGCUCUGUUGAACUUUGGUACCAGGGACAAUUGGCUUGUAAAGGGUAUUAAGAUCAAAAUAGAUGGUGCGGUUCGUUACAAUGUGCAGAACACCUUUAUCCGCCUCGGACCUGACUGGGCGUCGGUAUAUGCCGACAUCUUACUGCCUGGUGGAUUCCAACACUCAAUGACACUGACAGCUCAUGUUGAAGCCACACCCGCGGCCUCAAGAACCGAUGCUUCGCCCUGUCCCUCUUCAUUCCCUGUUCCCCGCUUUUCCAAUUGA